UGGCCUCCGAGGCCCCGCCCCGCGUCAGCCCUCCCGGAAGCGCCGGCUGAGCGUGUGCAUGGCGCGGGAGUCCUGCGCCUCCGAGACUGUCUCUGCCGCUGCUGUGCUCUUCGCCUGGGGUGCAAACAGCUAUGGGCAACUUGGCCUUGGCCAUAAGGAAGAUGUGUUUCUGCCCCAGCAACUGAGUGACUUCUGUCAAGCUGGGUGUAUCAAGAGUGUCACAGGAGGAGGAGGGCAUUCUGCAGUUGUCACAGAUGGAGGAGAUCUUUUUGUUUGUGGCCUGAAUAAAGAUGGGCAGUUGGGGCUUGGUCACACAGAGGAAGUUCUGCGUUUUACCAUCUGCAAGCCUCUCCGUGGUUGUCCCAUCCGACAGGUGGCCUGUGGCUGGGACUUCACCAUCAUGCUUACAGAAAAAGGUCAAGUUCUGUCCUGUGGAUCCAAUGCCUUUGGCCAGUUAGGUGUGCCUCACGGCCCUCGCAAAUGCGUGGUCCCCCAGGCCAUUGAGUGCCUGAGAGAGAAGGUUGUUUGUGUCGCUGCUGGACUGAGGCAUGCCUUAGCCACUACAGCGACUGGCAGUGUGUUCCAGUGGGGGACUGGCUUGGCAUCUUCUGGUCGACGCCUGUGCCCUGGGCAGAAUCUCCCACUGUUUUUGACAGCAAAGGAACCCAGCAGAGUGACAGAUACAGGAGAGCUGUACGUCUGGGGCCGUAACAAGCAUGGGCAGCUGGCCUCCCGCGCUGUGUUCCUUCCUCUGCCCCAGAGAAUAGAAGCACAUUACUUUCAGGAUGAAAAGGUCACUGCUGUCUGGAGUGGCUGGACACACCUGGUUGCUAAGACAGAAACUGGCAAGGUGUUUACCUGGGGUCGAGCAGACUAUGGUCAGCUAGGGAGGAGGUUGGAGCCUCCUGAAGCUCAGAAACCUGUAGAGCAAGACUCAUCGCUCGCCUUCCAGGGGCCACAGAACAGUGUGCCUUCACCUCUGCAUUGCCUGACAGGAGCAACAGAGAUUUCUUGUGGCUCGGAGCACAACUUGGCAGUAAUUAGUCUGACUCCUGGCUUCUGGAAGGGAAGCACUCUGUGCCUCCCUCCCCUUUCCUGCCUAGUCACAGCACCAUGGAUAGCACCUGACUCUCAGCAGAGCCUUAAGCACUCUUGUCCACACUAGACUGACAGCUGCCUAGGAUUGAAGUGGUUUGGGGCGAUGUUUGCUGGCCCCAGUGUCAUGUGCGCAGGGGUGAGAACCAAGGACGGCAGGGAAGAGAAGCUGCCGGCAGCAGUGGGGACCAGAAGAGCUGGAGCCAGAGAAAGAGCUAGAGCAGGUAUCGGCAAAGCUGCCUGCUUUGCAGCAGGAGCUCGUAUUUUACACAGGAACUGCUGUGGUCCAGCUGUAAUUAAGAUGAGCUAAUGAGAGAAUCUAAGGCUGCCCUUUAGAGAAUCUGUUGCAGCUGCCAUUGCUGGAUGGAAGGAGGUAGUUACCCCUGAGACCAGCGUGGACACAAAGGUUGAAGGGAAUCUAUACAAUCUUACACGCGUUCGCGCGACCGGCCAGGAAAGACGCAGCAAACCGGAAUCUUCUGCGGCAAAGCUUUAUUGCUUACAUCUUCAGGAGCCAGAGUGCAAGAGAGCAAGAGCUCUAUUGCUUACAUCUUUAGGAGCCAGAGCGCAAGAGCGCAAGAGAGAGAAAAAGAAAGCAAGAAAAAGAACAAGAACAAGAAAGCAAGAGAGAGAAUGGCAAAACCCCGUCCCUUUUAAGGAGAAUUAUCCUCCGCCUAGGACGUAUUACUCCCUGAUUGGCUGCAGCCCAUCGGCUCAGUUGUCAUCACGGGAAAGGCAGAACACAUGGCGGGAAAACUGCCCCUGCACGUGUGCAGAUUAUGUUUACCACUUAGAACACAGCUGUCAGCGCCAUCUUAUAAUGGCAAAUGUGAGGGCGGCUCCCAACAAUACAAGAAGCACACAACUCAGCCACAAGAGAGGGCCCAAGCAACCAGAGCUGGAAGCUGACCAGCAGAGGCAGCCUGGGACCUGGAAAGAGAAGAGUCGCCGGCAGACCCAUUCAAACCAGCCCCAUUUCUGCCAGAACCCCAUUUCCCUCCUCAUCCAUACAAUGGGGUGAUAAUCCUAAACACGGGACCAUUGUGCACAUUAGGUGAGAUAAACUUCACAAGUUGCCUCUUGUGCAUAAUUUUUUUUGUUUCUGAUUUACCUAGGCAUGGGAAGUGGUAGCGAAUUGUUCUAGUGAAGUAUUUCUUUGUUGAGAGAGUGACAUGACGAUCUUUUGGGAAAGAGGUGUGCCAUGUUAUCUGGAUGGGGCUGUGAGAGUCAGUGGGGGGAAAGUGGACAAGAGUUUGUGUGUUUUGAAAUCAGACAUGGAGCUGGCGACAGUGCUUAGAGGUAGAGCGCAUGCCUCACAUGGAUGAGGCUCAGGACCAUGCGCAAUAAGAUAUAAAUAUGAGUAAAUACAUAAUUAAGCUGGGUAUAAUGGUACAUGCCUAUAAUCCCAGCACGUGGGAGCCUGAGACAGUGAGAUCACUGUGAGUUAGAGGCCAACUUGGUUUACAUAGCAAUGACCAAGCUGACCAGGGCUAUAUAUUGAGACCCUGUUCCAACCCACUAAAAAUAAAUGAAACAAUAAACAAAAAAGCAAGUGUAAUUUUAAAUUAUUUAUUCAUUUGUUCUGUGUACGUAGAUGGACCUUUGUAAGUUUAUAUUCACCAUGCGCAUGAAGGUACCAAAAGGUCAGAGGGCAUCAGAACCCCCGAGGCCCCCAAUGUGGGUGCUAGAUACUGAGGUCACAUCCUCUCCAGCCCCACAAAUGUAAUCUUCAUUGUGUCCUUCCUGCCCAGGCUCGGUGCAUUGAACAGAGAGCCCAGGAUCAGAACUGGUAGGCCCACAGUGUUCUCAGAUGGCCACCUGCUUGGGAGCUGAGACUCAGAGGUGCUGUGGAGUAACAGUCCCCGCAGGGAGCCCUGCAGAGUGCAUGCUUUGCAGGAAGAAGUAGCAGGAAGCUGCUGCCUGGUCACCCUGGCAGGGGGCUAGCAAGGCAUGCUGGACAGGAGCCCUAGCAGCCUGGGUCCCUGCUGCUCCUCCUCCAAGCCCACUGUCAUCCUGUAUCAGAGAUUCCUGCCUUCAGCCCACCCCAAGCCCAGCACCACUACCUGGCACUGUAUUCCAUGCAUGAUAGACUUGCAGUACUUCCAGAGUCGGCUGGAAUGGAAUAGAAAGAAACCAGACUUUGCUCAUGGACAGGAGCCUUAAUGGCUAACAAAUGUGUACCAGAUCACACAGCCAGGAGAGAGAAGUGAGGCAGAGAAGGGCGAGGGGAUGGCAUGAGGGGUUUACUCUGUCUUAGGGGAGUGAACAACACAACUCCACAGGGUGCGUGUGUUCUAACCACUAUGGACCGAUGAUAGUCAGAGGCAAGGUGGGUUAAACAGGUUGCUCAUAGGAGGGAGGGGUUAUAAUUGACUAUAAGGGAGACUCAGGCCCCCUGAGAGCCAUCAUGACUGAAGAAAAAUGUGUCUCCAUCCGGGAUGUCCGUGUCCUGGGCAAAGUCCGCAUGUAGCCGUAGAGGCCGUGAUAAGAUGAAUCCUGACCCUGUCUGGGAUCUGGGUGUCUCAGCAGCCCUUGGGAGAGGGCCGAUCCAAAUUUGUUCUGAGUCAGAAUUCUGCUACCCACUUCCCAGAAAGGGGCCCAGUUUCUGCCCGUGUAGCCCAGGGCAGGCCUCUUGGCCUUCACUUUCAGCUUCCUCCAGAAAAAAAAGAGUUGCUGACUUUAUCUGCAUCUGGGUUCCCGUCCUCCUUUGGCAGUCUGGGGGAGCUCUUCCCUUUAGUUUCCCAAUUAAGUCGUUCUUGGCAUGGCUGGUGCUUGCCACCAGGCCCCCUGUGGUGAGACAGGAUGGCAGGUGGUGUGAGUUCCUGCCUGGGAGGGACCGCUAGAUCUCUAGCCCUGCAGGUGCUUAGAUGACAGCUAAGGGGAGAGAUGAGGCCAUUGGCCGUAAGUGGGUUGCCCACUCAGCCGCCUGAUUCCUGCUGCUCCGCUGCCCUGCCGAGCUGGAUUCCCGCUCUGUAACCUUGCCAACACAGUGCCCACCCCAGAAGUGGGUCUUCCUGAGUGUCGUAGGCGUGCCAGGAUCCUGCCUGCUCUGUGUCUGCGCACCAUAGGUACCCUGUGCCCACUCACCUGGCUUAUUUAUCGCUUCUCCAUUUCUUUUUAUCCAGGGUUUCCCUCCGUAGCUUCCAUUACAGGCACUGUCGGCAGGGAUGAGCAAGGUCACAUGACCACGCUGCUCAGGAGACCCUUGCUAGGAAGGUGGCUCAGUGAGCCGAGGGCCAGCCGUUUGUUCUAGUCGCUUGCUUGUAUUCUUUCUAUUCGACAAAAGCAACUUGAGGAAAGCAGGGUUUACUUGGCUCACCGUUCCAGGGUGACAAUCCGUCAUGGCAGGAAGGGACAGCAGCCAGAAAGGAAGGGCAGCUGUUCGCAUUGUGCAUAGGAAGCAGAGACUGCCAAACACUCGGGCUCAGCUAAUUUCUUCCCUUUCAUUAUGUCUGAGACCUCAGCCCAGGAAAUUGUACCACCCACUUCCAGGGGGAGUGUGCCCACCUCACUUAACCUAAUCUAGACAAUCCCUCAUAGACACACCCCCGAGGUCUGUUUCCAUGGUGACUCUAAAUUCCAUCAAGUUGAUAGUCAAGAGUAACCAUUGUCUCUUGUGCUUGUUGGCCAGCCAGCCUUGUCUGUUCAGGGGCAGGGACAGACAUUGUCAGAACAAAACAACACCCAGCUCCUGGGGAUGGAUAUUUGAAGUUGUCUUUGGCCUUUACACAUAUGUGCAUGCAGAGGAACACAUACGGACAUAUGCAUACAUGAAAAGAAGUGGAGGCGGGUGGGCAGGCGGGCAGGCAGGAAGAGCUGGCUGCAUUGUCUUUCUCCACACUCCACGCAGACCCUAUGAAAGGACAUUAUUGGUGGUUGCAUUCUGGAGCACAGGGCUUGCCAGACAGCCUUUGUUAAGUAAUUGUACUUUGGCAGGAAGCAUGGUCCCCACUUUCCCAGGCAAAGCCAGUUCUUGUACCAAAUUGAAAUGAUAGUCUAUGCAUCACUUUACGGUGCUUUCCGGCGGACGAACCCUUGAACCUUUGUUAGAUGUAUCGGGGAAGCAUUUGACCUUGGCCCGACACCCAUCCAACAGGGCCCUGUCAGAACCUAAUAGAGGAAAGAAUGUAAUAGAGAAGAAUUACUUUUUAAUUUGUAUUUUAUGGCACUAGCAAUGACACCUUUGAACCCCAGGGCUUUGCAGAGUGCUCUGAGGCAUGAUCAAGCUUGCUGCUCCUCUGCAGAGUGUGAUAGGCAGGCUGUAAAUGUCGUCUCUGAUAUGCAUUUGAUCUUCAUUGCUAAGUGAUGAGGCAGCACCGCCUUGGACAUUGUUAUGUCACUGUGGAGAAGGACACAUUCCAGAAGUUAUUACACAAAAAUUUAUUUUAAUUUUGCAAUGUAUUACCAGAUUCACAUCUCAAGCAUGAAAAGAUGUUUUUAUUCCAACCAGCGAUAUGUAACAGUGCUUUUUUUUUUUUUUUUUCCCUCAGUGUCCCUAGUAGAGGGUUGUAAAGGUUUGGAUUUUUGCUGGUCUGAUGUGACAGUUGAACAAAUAUUCAAGGUGGCUUUCAAAUUAAUUUGUGUUUUCUUUUGAGACAGAGUCUCUCUACAAAGUCCUGGCUGUUCUGGAACUCACUGCAUAGAUCAGGCUAGCCUUGAACUCACAGAGAUAGAGGUGCCUACCUCUGCUUCCUGAGUUCUAGCAUUUAAAGAUGUCCAUCACUAUCCCAGAAAAAAAUUUUUAACUUUAUGUCUAUGAAUGUCUUGCCUAAACAUAUGUUUGUGUACCACGGGCUUGCUUGGUGUCCCUGGAGCUCAAAAGAGUGUGUUGGAACCUCUGAAACUGGAGUUAUAGAAGGUUGUUGAGUGUCCUGUAGGUGCCAGGGAUCGAACUCAGGUCCUCUGUAAGAGCAUACAGCACUCUGAACCACUGAGCCCUUUUCAUUACUUUUGUACUUGAAGCAUAACUGUUACAGACUGGCAAGAUGGCUCAGUGGGUAUAGGCACUUACCUCUAAGUCUGACAGGCUGAGUUUCAGACCCGUGACUGACUUUGAGCUCCAGAGAACUGACAGCUGUACAUUGUCCUCUGACCUCCACAGGUGGUGUACACACACACACACACACACACACACACACCACAUAAAUGGAUGUAACGUUUGUGAUGGGUAAUCUUGGUCAUCAGCCUGGUUGGGUUGGGGAGUAAACAAGCAAAUGCCAAGACAACUGGCAUUGACCCAAGUGAGAAGGCCUCAGCUGACUGACUGUGAGGCGUCUCCAGAGAUAAUUAGACCUAGGGGGUUUUGACCUCAUGAAUGGUUGUGUCCAUUAACAGAUUCAGGAGGUGAUGACCUGUGAGUGAUGAGGCCAGCUUAGAGGAAGUGGUGUCUUGAAUGGGCUCUUAGGGGCGAGGUACUGCCCUAACUACUUUCCUGUCACUGUCCAACCUGCUUCCUGUCGGCCAUGAUGUGAGCUGCUUUCCUGUGCCCUUCUUGACCCAAGGACUGAAGCCUCAGAGAUCAGGAAGAAAACAAAUUCUUCUUUUAAAUUAUGUGUUGGGUCACAGCACUGAUAGAACCUAUAGAACAUAUGUAACAUGUUUCAAUCCUGAUUAGUGACUUUUCACACAAGCAGGCACCUGUGAAACUGCCAUCCAACAUUUCCAGCACCUCAAAGGGUGACCUCAUGCCCCACAGCCAGUCAAGAAUUCUGUCUUCUUCUGUCUCUAAAGAUGUUAUUUGUCUGUUUGAACGCCAUCUAAAGGAAGAGUGUGCUGCUGCUCUUUGACUUUUAACCAGCACAUUGUGUCUCGGAGAAUUAUUCAUGCUGUGGACAGCAACAGCUCUUUUUUGGUUGCUUGGUUAAUAUUCCUCUCUGUGGUUUUAUCACGUCAUAUUUAUCCAUGUAACUCUUGGUGAACAUUUGAAUUUCUUUCCUAGGGAUUGUGAGGAAAGCUGUUGUGAAUAGCUCAGAGAUGUCUCUUGCACGUGUGACUAAGAAGAACAUCUGCAGAUCAUGUGUUUAGUCAUAGAUUCUGUGGUGUUGGGGUGAACAUGGCCUCCAUAGGCUCUUAUGUUUGAAUGCUUGUCCCUAGCUGAUGGAACUGUUUGGGAAGGAUUAGGAGGUGUGGCCUUUUUGGAGGAGGUUUUGAGGUUUCAAAAUCCCAAUUCAUUUCGGUUAGCUUUCUGUCUGCCUCAUGGUGGUUGUCUCAGCAUGUGCGCUGUCAGUGACUGCUCCAGUGCUAUACCUGCCUGCUGUGUGCUCUGCUCCCUGUCAUUCUGCAUGCUCUGCUCCCUGCCAUUCUGCAUGCUCUGCUCCCUGCCAUUCUGCAUGCUCUGCUCCCUGCCAUUCUGCAUGCUCUGCUCCCUGCCUGCUGCAUGCUCUGCUCCCUGCCUGCUGCAUGCUCUGCUCCCUGCCAUUCUGCAUGCUCUGCUCCCUGCCAUUCUGCGUGCUCUGCUCCCUGCCAUUCUGCAUGCUCUGCUCCCUGCCUGCUGCAUGCUCUGCUCCCUGCCAUUCUGCAUGCUCUGCUCCCUGCCUGCUGCAUGCUCUGCUCCCUGCCAUUCUGCAUGCUCUGCUCCCUGCCAUUCUGCAUGCUCUGCUCCCUGCCUGCUGCAUGCUCUGCUCCCUGCCAUUCUGCAUGCUCUGCUCCCUGCCUGCUGCAUGCUCUGCUCCCUGCCAUUCUGCAUGCUCUGCUCCCUGCCAUUCAGCAUGCUCUGCUCCCUGCCUGCCUCAAUGGUCAUGGACUCACUCUCUGGAACUUCAAAGUCCCAGAAUUACUUUAUUUUAUGUUACCUUGGUCAUGGUGUCUCUUCAUUGCCGUAUAACAAGUAGCUAAGACAAUGCAGUUUAAGCAUUUUCUAAAGCGUCUUCUUCAUAAAGUUCAGAGCCUCCAGUCCAAAGGUGUUAAGUCUCUGCCCAAUUUUACAGUGGCUUUGUCUGGAUGUCCCUGCUGAUCUGUGGCUUACAGAGUACAUCCUUAAUGGAAAAAUUGCAUUGCAAACAUCUUUUUUCAGCCUUUUUGCUAUCUUCACAUAUUUUGGUGAGUAAAUGUACUCUAUCUUAGGGAAGUCCAGAUUACCAGUCUCUUAAUGCUUUGAGGUAUUGGUACCCGGUUUAAGACACUUGACCUACUCUAAGGUCAUGAAAUUUCUUGUCUGUGUUUUCUACAUGAACGUUUGUUUGAACUAAAAAUCCAUCUCAAAUUCAUUCAAAAAACAUUGCUUCAGAGCUGUCUAUUAAGAAGUCUAAUCUUUCCCUACUGAACUGCAGAGACCCCUGAGCUAAAGGUCAAGAGACUGCAAAUAUGUAUGUGUGUGCUCUGAGACGAUUCUUUCUUACUUAUUAGUUUGUUUUAUAAGCCCUCCUACUCUAUUCUCCACAAAGAUUAUCGUGCUGUUCCAGCACUCGGUUGACUGAGGCAGAGAGGAUCAAUAAUUGGAGGGUAACCUGGGGUACAUAGCAAGACCCUGUCUCAACAGACACACACACACACACACACACACACACACACACACACACACACACACACACAGUGUCCCUUUUACUUUCUGUCAUCUUAGUUAUUAUAAGUGAGUUCAGCAUCCUUCCCUAUGGAGGCCAUCGACGUUUCCUCACACAAAAGGUUUGUUUCAUCCCUGUAUUGGUUUUUCACUGCUGUUGUAAUAAGUUACUUCAAAAUUAGUGCUUUAAAAUAACACGUACACAUUGUCUUAAGGCUGAAGUCAGCAGUCGUGAUAGACCUCUGGGCUAAAGGCAGGGUAGUGAUUUCUUCCUUUCUUUUUUGGUAGCUCUAGAGUGAACCCUUCACCCUUCCCACCUCCCACAAACUGCCCAUGUUCUGUUCUGUUCUGUUCUGUUCUGUUCAGAAGUGACUUGCACCCCUUUGUUUGCAAAGCCAGCAGUGGCUGUUGGACGUAUCCCCUAUGGUUUUUCUGACCCUGACUCUUUCAUCCCUUCUGGUCCCCAUUUAGCCUCAUGAUUAUAUUGGACCCACUUGGAUAAUUUAGCACCAUCUUUUAUGGUAAUAUCCACUAAUUGGUUCCCUUCAUCUGCUCAUUCAGCUAUCCUUGGUCAUCUAACCCUAGAUUCUCAGGCUGCAGGACCCAGCAACCUGGGUUGGCCAGUGUUAUUCCUAUCAUGAUAUUCUAUCCCUCUGUUACAGAGUCUAAAUGGCCAUGAUCCCCCACUUCCCACAGUUAACUUUAGUAUGGGCAUCUAGACACAACCUCAGUGUUGUUAUUCAAGUACUUUUAUUUAAAGACAGGGUCUCUUGUUAGCCUGGAAUUUGCCAAAUAGGUUAGGCUGCCUGCCCACCAAACUCAGGGAUCUGCCUGUCUCCACGUCCCAAGAGCUGUGACUACAAACAUGCACCCCCAUGCCUCGCUUUCUACAUGUGGCCUCUAAUGACUGAACUCACCUCCUUCGAAGACUGAACUACCUCUCUGUCCCUGUGCUUUUUAUCUUCCUCUUCUUUUAAUAUGUAAGCCGCUGAUCCAUUUGGAAUCUAUCCUAGUUUAGAAUGUCAGGUGUGGAUUCAACUUCAUUAUUCUCCAGAUGGCUCCUCAAUUAUCUCAAUACUGUUGAUCAAAGUCUUUGGCUGACUUCCUGACUCCUGCUGCUACCAGAGGAGCCCUAGGGCUCAAAGAGAGGAAGGGACUUCCCCAGCUUGCCCGAGGAUGAGGAUAACAAGUUCUGUUCAGUCAGGGAGUCCGCAGCCUGGUGGCUGCUUCUCAAGGGGCUCCUGGGGCUGUGUGCAGGCAGAGGGGCCACUAACAGAGCUUCCUUUGGGCCUGGUGCCCAAUGCCCUGCUCUGAUCCUGUCUCACACCGCUCUGGAAUUGAUAGAUUUGUUUCCUGUCUCACCUGGUGGCUUGGGUGCCACAUUUUUCUCUCCACCAAGCAAAAACAUGACUGAAGUUUCCUCAUCUGGAAGAGGUGUUAAACUGUUCCCCCCCCCCCUUGUUUGUUUUUCUGCUCUUUUUCCUGUAGAAGAGUUUAUAUCUCUUCACAGGAAUCAUUCUAAAUGAUGUGGCAAGGUGAGGCUGCCAGGCUGUAGAAAAGGCCCUCGUACUUGCUAAAUUACUGUCAGGUUGGCCAUUUUUAGCACAAAGGUGACUAUGACAUUUUUUGUAUAUUUCUCUGGUUCUUCUAGAGUCGUUUAGGGUAGCAGAAGUGGCAGCUGUGACCCUCUGCACUUACAGACACAGAAGACAAUGGGAGCUUUGAGAGGCUGAAUCUAAUAACCAAGGGGAAUUCAAGGCAAAAAUGGAAGAAUUGGAGUAAAUCAGAAUCCUUCUGCUGUGCCAGGGCUGAACUCUGCCCCCAGCAGUAGCCGGCGCCCUAGCCCCGGGCACUUAGUUAUUUGGACAAGAUGAUUUCUGAAGUCGUCCGCACCUCUCAGCAUCUGUCCUUGUGGCUGUGACCUGUGCCAAAAUGAUAAAACUGAGCAGGGCACACACAUCCCUCGAAUGCUUUUAAAUAGUGACUGAGUAGUAUAACCGUUCCGUUCUUUGGUUUACUCGUUGCUGAUAAUGUGAGGCAGGGCAUUCUGGAUACCAUGGAGAGAGAUGGUAGCAGGGUGUCUUGGAGAGCUCGUGUUUAAUAGAAAGAGCGUUGGAUGGGAGGGAUCUGACAGGUGCUUUGCUUGUAGAUACUGAAGGGCUAGAUACUGGGUGAGGGAGUAUGAAGCAGACAAGGAUGGGAAGGAGAGGAAGAGCGAUCAGUUUUGGAAAUUCCUGAGAGAGAGGCAGGCCUUGGGUGACUGAAGAAAUGGAGCAGCAUUCUACUUAAAGCUGGGUGAGAGCAAGGCCAGGAAGGCUUUAAAUAAAGUGGGAGUCAGGGCUGAGGGACAAGGGGUGGUUGCCAAGACAGUUUACUGUUCCAUGGGGCUAAGUCCUCAACCACAUUGACUUUACUGCACAGAUAGAGUGGAGCCGAGACACAAAAUGCUUCAGAAGCCGAUGAGUAUACAAAAUAAAAAAAUACUUUGUAAAGGACAGUCUUUCUUACAGAGCAGACAUGCAGCAAGAGUGGUUGAGUGACUGCUAAAUGCUGGCACCACUCUGGGUCUCCUGCACGUAUUGGUACAGCUAGCUAUCACUUGAGGGCUGGGGAUGUAGCUCGGUCCUACAGCCUUUGCCUAGAAGGCAUGAAACCCUGGGUUUCAUCCCCUCCCCAUCCUGACAGGAAGUAGAUAAGUGUAUCUAAAUCAAGACUUGGGAGUGGUGCGUGCGUGCCUGCGUGCGUGCCUGCGUGCGUGUGUGCGUGUGCGUGUGCGUGUGUGUGUGUGUGUGUGUGUGUGUGUGUAUUCCCACUAACACUCACCGACUCUGUGAGCGUGCUCUUCUCAUCAUUGUGUGACCCCUGUGAAGAUCAAACUUGGUGCUUACUCAGCCUCCCAAGCUUGAGCUUUGAGUCUGUGAGGCAGAAGAAAGCAACAGCAGAACCGUCCUUACCAACAGCUCUUGUCUGGAUGGUUGAGACCAGGCUCUGUCUCUCUGUCACGUAGGCUCAGCUCUUCAAGGACCAGUUGUGUAUAGCCACUGGGCAGCUUUGACUGUGGCUACAUAAUACAGCCAGUGAGUCCGACCUUGGGCACAGUCUAGGGGCACACACAUCUCCUGGGGACACCUGGACUCACCCUGUACCUGCUGCUCCUGCUGCCCUUUGCUUCUGUGGAGUCCGCUGUGUCUUCUGUGGGUGCCUACAGCUCUUUCUGGGAAGCUGCUGUGAUCAUUGAGCCAGAUGCACUGACUGAGGAGACCUUCCAUGGCAUUCCAUUUGCCCAUUUGGCUGCUCCUGGAUUUCUACACUAGUUAAGAGACUGGGCCAUACAGUGGCAGAGCCCGGGCUGAGACCUGGGUACCAGACAAGUCGUUACUGUGGCCGGAUGACCUUCUCCUCCUCCUUUUCUCUGUGUCUUCAGUAACUUGGCCUUUUGUGUAAAGUAGAGGGAACUAAGGUCCCAGGAAGAUAAUGGCAGAGUGGAUUAUUGACCCUCAAAUAUUAGCCGAGCCAUAGCGAUAGUAACAUAGCAACAGCGUACGUGACUGGUCCAUGUUUGCCUUAACCCACUUUAUAUGUUAUUGAUUAUUUAUAGUAAUAGUAAUGUGGGUACUGUCAUACAGAUUUCACAGACAGGCACAAGAAAGAGAAGGCAAAGAAAGGAGAGCAUUGCCCUACAUAGUCUAAUGUAAGGAGUUUGAAAUCCAAGAUAGUUGAUUUAGAAUUCUUAUUCAUUCAUCUAUAGAUAAGAACUGCACACGGGUCUGUUGCUUUUGCUGUUUAAAAGCUCUAUUUCAGCCCCAUUCUGUGAAGUUACAGGAAGAUAACAUUUUGCCUACUCUGAUACCAGAGUAGCGGGAAGAUUUAUGGCUCAUGAAAUGACUAAUCAGGACCUACACAGGGGGUGACAUGGAAGCUGAGGUUAAACAGACUAGCCUCAAUGGGGGAUAAACUCAGAGCAGCCCUAGCAUGUGGUCAACAUGUACUAGGGGGACCCAAGCAUGUGGUCCCAGCCCUAGCCACCAAGAGGCUGGCAGAGGAGAGGGUGGGCUUAUGGCUUCUGCUGCCUUUGGUUUGUCAGUGGGACAGGUAGUCUGGACUAAACACCAUCAGCCAAAUGGUCCCAAAGACGAGGUUUCUGGGGAAGGUAGGGGUGGUGUGGUUCUUAGUGUUUUAGGUUCUAGCAUCAGAACCAUGUACCCAUGCUGCAGGAUGACCUUUGUCCAUUCCAGAGAGAGCCCACAAAGAGCGGGUGGCCAUGCUUUCUUUGGUAAUAUUGGGUGUAUAGAACUAAAGUUGAUCGGAGCUGGAAAGGCCAUCAAAGGCCGUCUCUGUCCACCCCCACCUAUACCAAAGUGUCCAAGACUUAGAGGGUUCAGUGCUAUGAUCCAGAGGUGAGCCAGCCAGAGCAGAAGCCCAGGCACACCAAGAAAGCAAAUCUCCUACCACUCUACCCAGGACCUUUGCUUCCAGCUGUGCAUUCUUAGGAGGGAGUGUCUGUAACAGCUGCUCGCCCUCCGGGGAAGGUCACCUUUUCCCUUUGCAGCAUUAUUGAUAACCUGUUGAUCUUAUCUGGCCACCUCUGCCUCCGAAUCGCUUUAUACAGUAGGCUUUAAAACAACUUAUAUUUUCUGUGUAUGAGUGUUUGUAUGCAUGUAUGUAUACAUACCAUAUGUGUGCCUUGUGUUCGCAGAGACUAACAGAGGGCAUCAAGUCCCCUGGAACUGGAGUUACAGGUGGCUGUGAGCUGCCAUGUAGUCACUUUGGGGAUUUGGACCUGGGUUAUCUGGAAAGGCAGCCAUCUCUCCAGCCUCACAUUGGUUUCUGGUUUCAACAUUAUAAAAUGUUUAAGAAUGGCUAGAAAUGAAUGAUGCUGGAUUUGCAUAAAUAUAAAUAGAAUAUCAUUGUAAUCAAUAUUCUCUAAUAAUUAUCAAACGAAUGUAAUGUGGAGAUACGGUUCUGUAAGUUUUUAGUGAAUUUACACUAUUUACAAGAGUUGCUUUGCCUAGGCUCCGUGAGACCUUGUCUCAAACAACACUUACUUUGAGUGCAUUACAACCCCCCUUGAGCUGUUUCCCUGUCGAUCAGGAGGCUGAGACUACUGAAGCGCAUCAUGAUGGUUGACUAGCACAGAAAGGGCCGAGCUCAGUUCCUGACCCACAGCGGCCCCAGUACAGGAGAUCUCUCUCGUUUCACACCCGCUUGACGAAAGCUUGAGGCCGUUGAUUGUUAACCAUCUAAGAGGCUCGAUCAAUGGAGAACUGUUCUUCAGGGCUGAGGGUGUAUUAGCCAAGGUUCCAUCAGAGGAGCAGACUCGGUGUAAGUGAAAGAGUUCAGGGUGAGGGCUGGUCUCUCCAGCUGUGGGGACUGCGCAUUUGUCCUUCUGGCUUACUGUCAGGAAGGACAGGUGCUAAGAAACAGUGGGGCGGGAGCUGAGCUGCGUGGACAAGAUGAACUGCUCGGGAAACACCCUUCAUACGGCCAAGGGACGACACCAGUUUCCUAUACACGGAGCCACCUGAUGGUCUUAACUACAUCUGCACAACACCAUCCCAGCAACAAGACGGCCCGUGGUUGUUUGGAUAAGCAGGUAUAGGCUGGAGAGUAAACCGGAUCAUCACAUGGCCUGUGUUUUAGGAAAAGCAGUCUAGUGGCAGCAUGAAAGCCAAGCUGGUGGUGAAGGGGUUAGAAACAGAAGGGUGGGAGGAGACUGGGUGGUUUCCUCACUGCUGGGGCAGUGUGGUGAGAUGCCACUGAUAAUGUUAGAGCAGCAUGUCUGACAGGCACUUUGUUUUUUAACCACUGUAGCCCAUCAUGGUGGGGAAGUCACAGCAGCAGGGGCUGGUCACAUGACAUCCACAGUCAAGAAGCAGAAAAGGAUGAACCAUGCCGUUAUUUAGCUUUCUUUCCCCAUCCAUUCAGUCCAGGGUCCUGACUAGAGAAUGGCACCACCCACAGUGGACAGUCCAGGUCCUAGCCAGAGAAUGGCACCACCCACAGUGGACAGGGCUCUCGACCUCCAUUAGCACAAUCAGGACAAUCCCCCAAAGGCCCAUCUCUCAGGUGAGUCUAGAUUCUGCCAAGCUAACAACACUGAUCAUCACAUAGUCCCUCCUGGUAGACGUUUUUUCUAGAUAUCAAGACGCCCUUUGCAUGAAGGGCCUCACUAGGAGUCCUUAUACACAAAGCCUCUUCCUGAGAGGGAACCAAAAUGGAGAGAUUAGUUCCUUCAGGGAUGAUUGACAGCUGCAGUGGUGGCUCCCUGUUUCAGUACAGUCAGACUGCGGGGGGACAAAGUACUUUCUGCACUCCUCCUUCCCAAGCUCAGGCUCCUCUCGCCCCGUCUGCAGUAACAGAGACUUAGUGCCCAGGGAGAACCUUGCUGAGUGCCAGGCAGUGUGCUGGCACCUUUGUCAUACUGGUGACAGAAAGGGGUGGCAGCUAACAUUCAUGUUUCCCUUCAUAUCAGGCACCAUGCAAGUAGGACUUUUCUGUCAUUUGGAUUCUCUAAUUGAAUCAUCGAGGCAAUUUUGAACUGUUAUCUACGUUUAUCUACUUGUAAGUGGGAGAUCAUGGCAGAGAAGCAACUUGCCUCCUGGCUGCACAAUUAGUCGCUAUAGAGUUAGUGGCUAUCAACAGAUUGGAGAAAUGUUCUGAUUCCGAAGCCCAAGGUUCAAGGCCCCAUGGUGCCUUCUUCUGCUCUAUCUAUAACCUGAGUUUUAGAGAAGGCAGGGCCACCUGUCCCAGCGUGCCAGUUAAACAGCAAGUUUAAUGACGGAAGGUGGGGAAAGGAGACUUAAUCAGCAUGGCCAUGUUUGAAAGAGAAACAGGAGCCCCAGGGACCCACAAGCCCUCCAUGGUCUCUGCUUCAUGCUUGAGUUCCUGCCCUGCCUUUCCUCAGUGAUAGAUUAUGACGUGGAAGUAUAAGCCAAAUAUGUCCUUUCCCUCCCAUAAAUUUCUUUCGGCUAGCGUGGUUUAUCACAGCAGCAGAAAGUAAGCUAGGACAGUGUGCAUUAUGCAUGUGCAUGGAUGUAUUUUUGCAUGUAUGUGAAUGCAUGGAUAUAUUUUAUAUGUAUGUGGAUGCAUGGAUGUAUUUUUGCAUGUAUGUGGAGGCCUGAAGUUGUCAGGGAGAGUCUUCCUUGAUCACUCUCAACUUAAUUCUUUGACACAGAGUCUAAACCCAGGGCUCACUACCCAGAAGAGUCAUUUAGUCAGCUUGCUCUGAGCAUCUGUCUCUACCUUCCAAGCACUAGAAUUACAGAUGAGCUGCUAGCCCCACCUGGCACUCACACGGGCUCUGGGAAUCCAAACCGUGGUCCUCAUGCCUGUACAGCAAGCUCUUUAUCCCCUGAGCCAUCUCUCUGGUUCCCAGACCCCACAGUUGUCAUCUCCUUUGGCUCCUGGCUCUGAGCACCUUGGGUAGGUGGGUGUGAUGAGAGGUGCAACAGCCCGGUUCUAGGGUACAAAAGCAGAGAGCUCCGCACACAUUUGGAAUUACAGCUCCAGUUUACAUCCGGUCCUUCCUCCUUUCUGUGUAAGCAUGGGCUGAGGGAUUGUCCCGCUUCUCUGAAGACACAGAGCCCUGCUUUCUGGUCCUGUCCUCUUCCCAUCAGUGUCCAGCAGUCACCUUGGAUACCAUCAGCGUCGAGGACGUCUGUGAUCAUGUGCAAAUGAGAAGUGACACUCUUCUUCGACAGCAUCUUACUGAGCUCCUUUAGCUCUCAACUUUUGAGUGAGGACUUCUUCCAUUCGUACCCUGCCUCUAUGCACAGUAUGGCAGACUUCACAAAUCUGAGGGUCACCUCAGUAAGUACCACCACACCCCAUCAGCUUGUCCUCUCUCUUCUCAAGAGGCAUGGUGCUCACACAGGACCCCUGUGGCCACACUGUGACCAUGGGUGCAUGAACUCUGCAGAGGCUCCGUACUCUUGCAUCUCAGACGAAGCUGCUUAGACUGUUUCUAUUGAGACUCCCUUCACACCUGAGACGUUUUCGUGUGCCCCUUGGCAUCUAAGUCUGUAAAGUAGGCAUCAGACAUUUAUUGAUGAAGGUAAAGAAGCUUAAAAUAAGUUAAAAUAGCUCUUUGGUACAUAGGUAACUUCAUAUUUAUUAACCAUAGAAGCUACAUGGAGUACUAAUGGGGUGGACCUGCUCGUAUAUUUCUAUGAGAAGAAUUACGUCUCGGCUGAGUCUUGGUGUUGCAGGACGUAGCAUCCUCAUCGUUUUUCAGAGUUGGUCCGUGUUUUUAUCUUAUAACUGUCAAUGCUAAGAAUGGCUCUUCACAUAAUUACAUAAAACAAGGCAGCAGAAACAUGGUCAGGGCCAUUUCCGACAUUUAAAAAAUCCUAUCCUAAUUCUGAGUAAACCCAAAUCCAUUUAACUUAAAAAAAAAAAAAUGGAACGCUAAUGACAGUUUUUUAAAUCCUACAUUCUAACUCAGUAAAAUCCAAAGACAUACUAAUUUUAUGCUUACAUACUUAGAAAUGACAGUAGGAAAAUAUUAGAAACCAUUACCUUUUUAUAAAAGCAGAGAACGUAGUGUUCACAGUGAAUGCACUACAGUUGAUAAUAUGAUCUUGAAUCUUCGCUGCGGUGUUUUGGGCCUAAUCCGUUGGUACCGGACACUGACAGCAUGCACGGUGCAGAGCAUGCCUGUUGUGUGCUCAGAACCAAGGAGACGGUGAAGUCCCUUGAUGCUACACAGGAGCACACUGCCGGAAACAACUCAUAGCCAUUGUGAGUUUGACAUUGAAUUAAUUUUUGGUCAUUGUGUGCUCAUAAAGUUUUUAUUGUUGCCAAAUUUUUGUAAUGCCCACAUUUAGUUACCUGGCUCAUAGUGUAAGGAGUUGUCUUGGAGAAGAGGGCCCACUGACAUGGCAUAGUAAUGUCACCUUAUUUCUUCCUUGCAACAACUCUCUGGUAUGUGGUUGGUGAUUGAAUGCAUAGGUUCCAAUCAAGACCAGACUUUUGAAUCUUAAUGUGCUGGCUAGUUUUAUGCCAUCUUGACAUUAACUAAAGUCAUCUGAGAAGAGGGAAUCUCAAUUAAGAAAAUAUUUCCAUCCAGAUGCAACUGUAGCCAGGCCUAUAAGGUAUUUUCUUAAUUAGUGAUGGAUGUGGGAGAGCCCAGCCCAUGGUGGGUGGUCCUAGGUUCUUUAAGAAAGCAGACUGAGGAAGUCAGGGGGAGCCAGUAAGCCAGUAAGCAACACUUCUCCAUGUCCUUUGCAUCAGCUCCUGCCUCCAGAUCCUUCCUGUUUGAGUUCCUGUCCUAGCUUCCUUUGAUGAAGACAGUGAUCAGAAAGCCUAAGCCAAUUAAACUCUUUCCUUGCAACUUGCUCUUUGGUCAGGGUGUUUCCUCACAGUCACAGCAACUUUAACUAGGACACCUAACUUGAAAGUGUAACAGUGUGUGUGGCACAAAUUACUGUGCUCCUCUGACUGCCGUCCCCCAUCUACUGACAUGGUGCCCACCACAGAGGAGCAUGAGGACGAGUGUCUGGGAAAGCCCUCAGCACAGGCUGCACACCGGGAGGGCUUAGAUAGUGAUUGUGAUACUGGCUUUACAGCAGACGAAAUGCUGGUGCGAGGAGGUUACCUGCCCAUCACUCCUGCUUUUUAUAAAAGGAAAGAAACUGAGGCUGGGCGUCUUGUCUGCUGUUGCAGAACCAGUGAGCAGAGCUGUUGAGCCACAGCCCAGGUCCCCUGACAUUUCACCAGACACUCCCGAAAACUGAAAUAAAUGAUCUCAACUCAUUUGAACUAACCCCUUAAAGAUAGAAUCCAAACCCAACACCCUUUCUGCUAAAUCUUGCUUUUCCUAAAACAGCCUUCCCGUGAAAGGUGGGCGGGACCGUGAGUACAAGCCAGGCACCUGAGUGAUAGAGUGGAAAACAUUCUGAGGAGCCAUGACUCCCCAGGGUGCUCCCGGAAUGCAGGAUUUUGGUUCAUGGAUUUUCUCAGAGUAUCAGCCUCUUCUUUGUGCUCUUCUCUGAAAGUCACUAGGAGAAGCUUUGCAGCCACUCUCUUCCUGCUGCCAGAAGAAGCAGAGCGGUCCAGACGUGCAAUUAAGCUCGCCUUACAUGUCAAAGGACCUUGGCGAGGUGUUCAGCUACCAGGUGUGAGGUGCAGGGUUCUCCUAACAUCUGUACAUCUGUCUGGGUCUUUUGUUGUACCGCUGCACCAUGGCAACAGACUGAUCAGUAGGUCGGAGGGGCAGAGCAGGAGCGCGGUUAUCUGCACAUCACAGGUGGGGAGACACUGGUGCAGAGGUCAUGGGGAUCUAUUUGGGGUUGUGUAUCUGAGUUGGAGCUUCAUGGUAUUUGCUGAUCCUGGUUUUGCCUGCAUGGCCUUUGAACAAGUUACUCUUGGGUCCCAAGGUUUCUUCACUGUAAAAGUCAGAUGAAUUUAGGGACUGGGAUACAGCUCUGUGGUACAGUGUACGCUAAUACACACAGGCUCUGGGUUCAGUCCCCAGGAGCACCAAGGAAAGGAAGGCAGGGAGAUCACUGAAAAGACAUUUUAGGGAUUCUUUUUUUUUUUUUAAGAUUUAUUUAUUUAUUUUAUGUAUGUGAGUACACUGUAGCUGUAGCUCACAGAUGGUUGUGAGCUUUCAUGUGGUUGUUGGGAAUUGAAUUUUAGGACCUCUGCUCGCUCUGGUCAGCCCCGCUCACUCAGUCCCUGCUUGCUCAGGCCCAAAGAUUUAUUUAUUAUUAUACCUAAGUAUACUGUAGCUGACUUCAGACACACCAGGAGAGUGCAUCAUAUCUCAUUAUGAGUGGUUGUGAGCCACCAUGUGGUUGCUGGGAUUUGAACUCGGGACCUUUAGAAGAGCAGUCAGUGCUCUUACCCACUGAACCAUCUCGCCAGCCCCAUUUUAGGGAUUCUAACAGAGAAACUAGUAUUGUGCCUGGUCUGAAAGGCCCUUAACACAUGGAAGCUCUUGUUAUUGCCUCUUUGUCUCCCACUUUUCCCAGCUCCCAGGAUACCUGCCUCUGAGGUUAUAGUGAACACUAUAACCUCAGCCCAUCAAACUCUACAAGUCUCCUUGAAGUUGGUCUGCCCUAUAAACUUUAGAGGAUGGCACCAUUACUUUGCCUCUUUCUAAUAACAGGAGUCAGAACUUUUAUUCUGCAGGUAAAACUUUGUUUCCUCUCCAGAGAUGCUGCAAAGCCAUGGGUUGAUGUCUGCGUAUGAAUUUGUUGACAGCGAACACCCAUGGUCUGGAAAUGCUUUUGAGAUUCUGUAGGACAGUCUUCUUAAGACAUGCCCAGGAUUUGAACAUGAGACCAGGAGGUAUUUAAAAUAAGGUUGGACACAUUUGGGUGGAGUGAAUAUAGACCUUCAUGUGUGCAUGUAAGCAGGCCAGAGGCGUUCACUGGUAUUUCUCUUACUGCAGGAAAAAGAGGACUCAGCUGGAGGCUAGGAGGCCAAGAGGCUGCUCUCAUCUCAGCCAAGCUCAGCAAUGUCACUUGAUAGUCAUCUGUCCUCUCUGUGCUUUGCCACCUCAUUCGUAGAGACAGUGGGCCACCCUUGGAAAACCUCCUGCCAGCAUUGCCAAAAGCUUUGUUAACUCAGAUCCUCAGAUUCCCUCCUAAGGAAGGCUCUUGAAUUUUGAAAAUGCUGGGCUAGGGUCCAGCAUGUCAGAGUUCCAGGGUUCCAUCUCCAAUACCAUUAUGGUUUUAUUUUGUAUUUUGGGUGGUGGUGGUGGUAGUGGGGUGUGUGUGUGUGUGUGUGUGUGUUUGUUGUUGUUAUUUUUGUUUGAGACAAAUUCUCACUAUGUAGACCUGGCUGGCUUAGAACUCAUUAUGUAGGCAAGGCUGACCUUGAACUCUGGCAAUCCUCCGACCUCUGUCUCCUGGGUCCUUCGAUUAGAGGCAUGUGCCACCACAUUUGGCUUCAUCUCAAUGUUUUCACGCUGUAGUAAAAUUGAGAGCUACAUAAACAUCCAGCAUCCAUGUUGGAUGAACGAGGGCUAUCAACUUGACCCAUUUGCAGUAUUUACACGUCUGGGGACCAGCAUCAGAUCUAUAGAUGUGGACUCCAGACCCCGCCCACCUCCUGUGUCUGCCCAAGUCUUCCCACAGUCAGCCUGGGUCAGCCCGGGUCUGUAGAUCUCCCUUCCUUCAGAAAUGCCAUCACUAACUCCCAUUCCUGUUCCCCUUGGCUAAUUUGUGUGCUUUGGUGUAUACGUCUUAUCUUCAUGUCUCUCGUUUGCCUUUGUGUUAUAGACCGGAUGCUUGUGAGUAUGUAAGAACCAUGGACCCCGAUCUUGGUAAAAAAAAUUCUGGUAUCAUCUAAGAACUCAAUGUUGAUUGCAUUUUCAUUUCUUACUUUUUGAUUUUCCAUGUUUACUGCCCAUUUCAUAAUGGCCAUGCAGUAUACUGGUGAUGGAAUAGAUAUAGCAAUAACUCAUUUAACUGCUUAUGUGCCCUUAAAAGGUAAUUACCCCAAAAGUUCUCAAAUCUAACAGUGCAGCAGAACCAUGUGUUAGCUUAUUAAAAUGCAGGCUCAAUGGCUAAGACCUGCCGGCUAUUACCUGGUCACCCUUAGGUACCUCUCGGGCCCUUUCAGCUUACUGUAAGUUGUGUGUGUGCGUGUAGUGUACACACAUAUGCAUACUUUGCUAGAGACUGAACACAGAAAUCCACACAUAUAAGGAAAGUCCUCUACCCUGAGCCCUAUCUAAGGCCCAUUUCUCAUGUCAGAACGGGUGGGUCCCUUGCUAGAUCACCUGUACAAAGCUCCAGCAGGGUGGUCUUGCUGAGCAGCAGGCCAGAUGGUGCACAGUUCUGCUGGCUCCAUCACCGAGCACAUCUUCUGUGCAGAGCCACUUUAUACAGCGAUUUUUCUCUGCAUAGAGACACUUAAAAGAUUACUUUUAUUAUCUCCAUUAUGUAUAUAUGUGUGUGUGUAUAUAUAUAUAUAAAGAGAUGCAAAGAAAAGUUAUGACUUUUCCCAAGGCACGCCCCCACCUCAGCUGCGUGCAGGCACACCCUGCCCUCCGUCCAGGCGUGAUAGACCAGCACAGUGGGCAGCGGUGCGCCAUCAAGUAGAGGCUCUAGCUCUCCAAACGGACUGUGGUGCCCACCCACCUGCUUCUGGGGUGCAGUGAAGCAGUGGAAUUCAAUUUGCUGCGGUGACCUAAGAAGGGCUAUUUUUAGUAAGAAAGUAGGUCAGGGGCUGCAGCGGUGCUGCCUGAGAGAUGAGCAGCCUCCCCUCUCAGCAGGACGCUCUCUCACUUCCCAGCAGCCAGAGUGGAGGUGAGGAAGGCAAGGCUGACUUCUUCACAUGACCGCCUCUGUUGUCGGCAGGGUGGGGCUCCUGGGACACAGCACACACACACCUAAGACACAGAAGGUUUGUGCAGAAGACUCCGGGUGCCACUAAGAUUCCCUUUCAGGAAGCGUUGGAAUGUGGAAUAGCAUACUGCACACCUGCGGCAUACCAGCCUCUGUUCUUGUGUGGUGGGAUUAUCACUCAGUCUCUGCACUUGCUUUGCAGGCAUUAGACCUGCAGAGAACCUGAGCGAUUGCUCCAGGCUACGCAGUUCUUGCAUAUAGAGCCAGAAUCGAGCCCAAUGUCAGACUCCAGUACCAUAACUACGUGGCCUGUCCAUCAUACCAUCCAGGCUGGGAGAGUGAUUUUUAGAAAUUACCACCCUGCCUCUGACUCAUUUUGUUCAAUACAGAGUAUAAAGCUAGCUGUCUUCUCAUGAACUUAUCAAAGUCAGGACUCACAGGAUACCGACUUCCUUUCUGAUCAUGGCAGCCCAUGGGAACCAAAACCAAACCAAAGCAUAUGAUUUCUAGACCUGAUGUGUUUGAAGUUUUCUGUCCAUGUCGGCCUUAAGUGACAGAUUGUGGGGUACUUGACAAUGAAUGGCCUGACCAGACUUAGAGACAGAGUACAGUAGUUUACCAUCAUGAUUCAGUGUGCACAGCACAGAGGACUCCAAGAGAAGCCCACUCCUUGACCAGAGGCCUCUGGCACCAUCAGCCUUGAGAAUUUGUUCCUGGCUAUAUUCUGGCACUUCUGAUAGAGACCACAUCCCCUGCAGGGGCCUUUGCAGCCUGAGACCUCUCCUUCCCUCCCCCCCUCCCCAGGCAAGGAGGGAAGACAUUUCUGGAUUCCAGUCUGGGUGACCUUGGAGGAUCCAUAUUCAUUCAUUCAUUCAUUCAUUCAUUCAUUCAACAAACAUAGUUGAAACUAUGCUAGGUAUACAAUUAUCAAGAUCAUUUCCAUUCCCUACACAGAAUUUAGGUCCUUCUUUGGACCUUGGGUUAUAGUUUACUUAUCAUCAAAUGAGGAAGAAGGAGGAGAUGGGCCGUUUCUUUUAGCUGUAAGGCUUCACAACCUAUAGUCCUGAGUUAUGAACAUCCAUCACUAAGUCACAUGACCACUCUUACUCAUUUGUAUCUAAUGCAACAGUAAACAAAAUGAAACCAGUUUCAGACUCAGGAUGGGAAACAGGACACAGGCUCAUCUAGUUGCUUCAUAUAUGAAGUCUUCAAGAAGGGUGAACCUUGUCUGCAAUUUAGUGAUGCCAGGAUGGGGAAGCCAGGCAUCCAAGGCCAAGGCUCAGUCCCCUGGUAGCUGCUUCCCCAUCUCCUCCUGCUGAGCUGCCCCUGGGAAAGCUUCCAGGAUGCUGCAGGAGUUCGCUCUCCAGAGUCUCCCUGCCUGUCCUCUGGCUGUGCUCCUGGACCCCCUUGCAACCCAGGAGAAGAAGGCGAGGUAGACUCUGAUCACUGAACCCCAGAAGGGAAAUAAGAUUGAAAUUGCUUGUACCAAGACUGCCACAAAAAUGGGCAUGGAGUUGAAGUAGGGCAUGGAGAAUUGAUAACCAAGCUCCUAAAACACAAGUAGAUAGGCAAGUAUAAGGUAACUGUGAAAGAAGGCUAGGUGUAGAUAGCUGACCAGACGCUGCCACGAGCUCACAGGGGGACCUACAGAAGGGCCAGCCUCCCCUGCUGUCCUCAGAACCUCCUAUGCUUUUAGACCUUGCCCACCACCCACUUGCAGCCAGUGUUUGGAAUCUGAAGCUGGAAGGGCAGAGGGUGUUUCUAAUGGCCAGCUGCAGGAGGCCCAUCUCUUAGGCAGUAACUCGAACUUUGCAUAAGGAAAUGCUGUGUUACCGCAAAGCUUUGGCAAAUGCUAGCUUUUCUCUUCUCUCCGUCACUGUCCAGGAACCAGCAAAUUGAAACACCCCCCUUGGUGAAUCAAUAAAUAGUUUUUUCUUUU